CCCCAGAGUGACGCAGUGAGCAGUCUGCCUGUAAAAACUGAACAUUUCCUAUUUCGUUGCUGGGGACUCUACCUCCUGCAAGUUGUGAAAGUGCCCGCCAUGGACGAGGCAGAGAAGUACCAACAAAGGCUGCAAGCCAUAGCGGAGAGGCGACGGAGGCAGGAAGAAGAGGAGAGGCUGACGAGGGACACGGAGGAGGAGUGGUUGAAGACGGCCCAGGAAAAGAGGAAGCACUUGAGGGAGCAGUGGCUCAGCGAAGCAUCUCCCGUCCUCGACGAGCCCACGACAGGGGAGCAAACUGAAAGUCAACAGACGCCCGAGGACGAGGAGGCAGCUGACGCCAGAGAAGAGGAGCAAGCCUCCCAAGAAGAACACAAAGAAUCCGUCAACUGUACAGCUGCAGUUAGAACACACGACCAGGCUGGCAGUGACGAGGACGAACAAGAAGUGAAUAAAGAGGCCGAGGAUCACUUCUCCAUACAGAUGGCACAGAGGAUGUUUCAUGAAAGUGGCCAAGAAGGCCGAUCAGUCCUGGGAAUGUUGGCGGUGCAGGUCGAGAGAGACCCCAAGACAGGAGCCACUGUCGUCAGGUCGGUUGCGCCUGUGUCCACGCCGGCCGGCGCGUCACCAGCAACCACCGUCUUUGACGACGGCAGGAAGAGCAUCCAUGCCGUCGGCGGAUCGGGAAGUCAACCCUCUACCGAAGAGCUCGGGCAGAUCCUGAGCAUUGUCGACGGCAUGGGGAUGAAAGUGUUGUUGGAGGAGGUCGCGGUCACGCCGAACCAGGCGGAGACAAAGACAAAGAGUUUAGAAGCCAGCAGACCUGCGGAGGGACAAGUCAUGUCUUUCUCUACCCGUCCUGCCGCGUCAAAGGACGACUAUACACCGUUCAACAUAUAUAGGGGCGAAGACUUGGAAGAUGAGCUGGGGAUAGAGGCCUGCUCUGCAAGUAUGGCACACGAGGAGGAUAAAAAAGAGGACAGGAGCAUCAUGGCGGGCGGAGACAUUGCAGGAGAAGUGGAGAACGUUGAGGAUCUGAGGUUGGAGGAAGGCCCGGUCACUCUCGUGUUCAUGGGAUACACGGACACCGACCAAGACGAUGGCCAAGAGGAACAGGGAGGCAUGCUGACCGCGGAGCGCGUGAUCAUCACCGAGGAGGGAGAAGAACACGUCUUAGGACCUGAAACGUCUGCUUCACCUCAGGAAGGGAAAGAGUCCCGAGUGUUUCAGGACGUCCCCUUGGACGGGAACGGGGCAGGAGUUGAAGCCCAGCGAGAGCAAGGUGAUAAUGGGCAGAAGAACUCAUCUUCACCCAGUAAAGCCGAUUCCAAGCGCAAGACCUGUCAGUGUUGCUCUGUCAUGUAAGAACACGACUGAAGAGAGAGGCGCUUCAUGCUGCCCAAAUGACUGAUACAAGAGACUAGACCACCACCUGAUGCGGUCUUUACAAUGGUAUUCGGAUCUGAGCACCCAUCACGUCACCUCACAUUGCCAAAGAAAGACGUGUAUCGUGUUGUGGGUCUGAUACAAUCCACUUCCUCCCUCUGGUGGACAAAGCUGAGAAUGUCAACAUGCCCUCAUGAAGAGACACAGAUAUUUCUCCUCUCUAAUGUCCCAUAGGACUUGUUCUGUGCCUUAUCAGCCAAAACAUUUCCAUAUGUUUGGCUGUUGUUUGCUCUGCGCAUGGAAAAAGCCAAAGAGCAGAAGAAGCAUUAAUAUUUCUAACAGUAAUUAUGGUGUGAUUCAUUGUGUCUACUUAAUUUUUUAUUUGAAAAAUGUAAAAGAAAAAAGAGGGAUAUUUGUAACAACACCCUUGAAGCUUUUAAAGUUGUACUUUCUUACCUACUACUACUUCUCAGGGCUUUAGCUUCCAUAUGGGACACCAGCGAUGUUUCUCAGAAUUUGGGAUUUUCAAUGUCAUUGGAGGAUUUGUAUUCUUUAACUACACAUCAAUUUCACAAGUUGAGUUCUUUCAACUCAAGACAUUUUUUAGGACACUAGUGCAGCAUCGGAACGGGCAGAUCACUUGACCUCUGUUAUUUCUCGAGAACCACUCAUCCAAACAACCUAACACUCUUCACCUGGCUUCCUUGGUUCUUGAGCAAUACACCCGUCAGGUGUGAAGUCAAACGGAUCAAUGGGUUUCAAGAAAAAUUGAAGGACAGAGACUCGUUUAAUUUCAGUUAAAUUACCUCCUGGCAAGAGAGCGAAGUUCAAACUGUAGCUUUAAGUUUGACUAUUUUAGGCUUAAAUCAUGCAUUGAAACAAGGGGUUUGGUAUUUAUCCUACACAAUUAUGUUCUCAGCAAUGUGGGAAAAGCAUUGAAACUGCAUUUGGGCAAAAGUAUGAGUUUAGAAUUUGCCAAAAAGAAGUUAUUAAGCAGUUACAUUUCGAUCAAUCUUUUUUUGAAAAGAACAUUCACAGACUUUUCAUUGCAGGUUGAGUAACACUGCAGGAAUUUCCAUUUCUAAAACUUUGUAUUCAUAUCUGCUACAGUGCAACUAUGUGCUAAGCUUUUUAUUAUUUUUUAUCGCUGUCAUUUGUUAUUCAAUUGAUUCAUUACAGUGGAUGUUUACUGGAAUAUAUUUGAUUAUAAAACUGAAUGUGAUUUGUAUGUUCUCCAAUUUCUUUAA